AUGGCUCUCAUUGUAUCCUUCGUCGACUGGCUUCGCGAAUCUCUUCGGAUAGAUAUGUCUAAAAUGAAAAAUUACCCAUUUCUGGCCAGGAUGUCCAUGACUCCUAUUCAGAUGGAUAAUUGUAAAGGAACGAAUGGAUAUCCAACAGACGGAUUUCAAGAAUGCAUACAAGCGAAUGGUGAGAUGUAUCAAGUUCGGAGUGUUUAUCCCCCCAUACAGGAUCUUCAACCAAGAGUUUUAGUUGUUGUAACUGUUUUUAUUCUUUGUUUUAUUGUUGGAGUAUGUGGAAAUGCUUCUAUUUUAACAAUUAUACGAGGAGUUAUGAAUGAAAGAAAACGAAUAUCAGAUAGAUCUAAAAGAUCAGGAGAUAAUGCCAUAUUAUAUAUAGCAGCUUUAUGUAUAUGUGAUUUCUUAGUUAGUUUAAGCCUGCCACCAGCGAUAAUUGAUAGCGUCAUUGGAUUCUGGGUGUUUGGCACUUGGAUGUGCAAGCUUCAUCAUGUUUGUGGAAGUGUUGGACGGAUUGUUUCCACAUUCCUUAUUACUUCCAUGUCUUUUGAUCGUUAUGUAGCUGUUUGUCUUCCACAUCAUCACCGAUUACGAAGUCGAAAAUUUGUUUUAACCGUUAUCACCUGUGUUUGUCUAGUGUCCUUCAUACUUCUAUUGCCCAUGCUGAUCUAUGCUGCUCCAAAAGAAAUUGUUCUUCAUGAACUUAAAACUACGAACAGCAAUAACGUUACGAGAGUUCGUGUAUUCAAAUGCACAGAUCAACUUCCAACAAAUGUUUUUUAUUGGUUUACAUGCUCAACAUUUAUCUUGGCUUAUAUGGUUCCAUUAAUCCUGAUUGUUUUCUUUAAUUUACGCCUAAUCAGUAAGAUCUAUGCUCAUACAAAGGUUCUUCCAAAAUCUGCAAUACCAGUCAAGCGGAUUGUUAUUUAUACACUUAUGAUUGCUUUCAUUUACUUCAUUUGUUGGACACCAUAUUGGUUUUCUGUACUUUAUGCGAUAGUAAUGUCUGUACUAGAUGUUCCACAUAAUCCAAAUGAUUAUGUUGUUUUUAUGAUAUUUGCAAUACAUCUGAUGCCUUAUUUUGGUACAUCCAUUAAUUGGAUCUUAUAUGGUUUAUUAAAUACUCAAUUACAAAUGAAAUUAUUAGAGAAUUCUGAUGAUCAUAUGAGUGUUACGAUGGUGAGCAAUCGCGAAAAUGGCUCGGCACGCUUCAUGUCUCCCCGGAACGGAAGUUCUAAACCACGUGCAAUUUGUGACAUGUGUCGUUCACAAGUCUCAUCAUCUCAAGUUCCUCGGAAUAUGCUGCAACUACAAAACAAAAAUAAAACAACAUCGAUAGUCUUCUCGCAAUCAGAACAAAGUAUAAACUUGGUUGAAGUGACGGACCAAACGCAUCUUUAG